AUGUUCCACAAUUUCAAAAGCCACCGGAAAACGAGCCCAUCACCGCCGGCACCAGCUCGCCUCAAUAAGUCGUGCUCGGAAUGCACCAGGCGAAAGGUCAAGUGUGAUGGUGGCCACCCAUGUAGCUCUUGCACGUAUUACAAGGUCUCACAUCUAUGUAACUAUCGGCAGCGAAAUAAGAGGAAUGCUGUCAGCAGGAGUACCCUUGAGGAGGUGUCAGAUCGACUAAGAUCACGGACAGAGAUUCUCGAACAACUAUUCCCCAACACGCCCGUGGACGAGCUCAUUGGCAAGAGUCGCGAUGAAUUGCUCGACAUCCUGCGCGUAGAAUUAACUCCUAAAGGGGCGUCGGUUGACUUGUUUAGCCGGCCUGCUGAAUAUGCUGAGGCAGCUGAUGAUUCUGCUCAAGUAUCUGAAAAUGGAGAACCUGUGGCUGAUCGGCAAUGGAACGAGUCAAGAAACCAGGCGCCUAUUAUGCAGGCUGCCGAUGAUAUCAACGCUAUCAAUCUUGCAACUGACAAACACCGCCGCUCUUAUCUUGGUGUGACUUCAAUCAGUGCCAUUCUCCGAACAAUUUUCCGAUUGUGUCCCUCUGCAAAGCAUCGCGUUGCCGAGCAAGCCAAGAGAUGGUCCGAGAAUCCUAUUCAGCCCCAACCUUACCAUCAAUCUCAACUUGUACUGUCUAUGAGCGGUGAAUCCGCUACCCACCUUCUCAAAGAGCAACGGUGUAUCGACUUUUACUUCGAACACAUCCACCCAAUCGUCCCUAUGCUGGAUGAAGAAGACUUCCGGAAUUCUUACUCCUUGAAGCACCGCAGAGAUGCCGGCUGGCUUGGUCUGCUAAAUAUGGUGAUCACUCUCGGCUCCAUAGCCUCUGGAAGUGAUACCCUCCAUGAGCAGUACUACGAACAGGCGCGGAAUUACUUAGACCUUGAUAGCUUCGGUUCUGGGAACUUAGAAAGCCUGCAGGCCCUCUGUUUGUUGGGCGGACUCUACUUACACUAUCGAAAUGCCCCGAAUAUGGCCUAUGCUAUCCUCGGCGCUGCGCAUCGUGUUGCCAUCGCUCUAGGGCUACAUAGGGAGUCAAGACAUCGAAAUACCCAUGCGACUAGAACUCAGGAAGAUAAAACGUCGCCCAAGCAGAGCCGGGCCGAGACGAAACGUAGAACAUGGUGGAGUUUGUUCUGCCUAGAUACUUGGGCAAGUAUGACCCUAGGUCGGCCAACAUGUGGCAGAUGGGACAGUAGGACAAUGGACACCCCGUUCCCUACUCUUCUAACUGAAAAUGACUACAUGGCAAUGUCAUUAUGUGCUAGCCUCCAGUUCUGCCUAAUAUCCAACCGCAUACAAAAUCGCUUCGCACGACUCAAUCGACUUACCAUGACCGAGAUAACUUCUUUUGACGAAGAAUUGCAAGCGUGGUAUGCCUCCACACCUCUAAUCUUUCGGUCAAUGUCAAACUCAUCAUCGCGCUUCACUAUUGCGCGGGAAUUCAUGCGCAAUCGGUACCUAAAUAUACGUUUAAUUCUACUGCGAUCUCUGAUAUUAUACUUUAUACAUAAUCGCAUUCAUAAGGAUCAGCUCGGCGCCCAAGAGCUUCAAAUAAUUGAUACAUGCCGACUUGCGGCCGGUGAAGCCAUUGAUUCGAUAGCACUCCAUUGGACGCCGAACAGAAUCCACGUCUGGAACUCGGCUUGGUACCUCUUCCAAGCCUGCAUGGUUCCCCUGCUAUUCAUUGUGAUUGAACAGCCGCGUCCAGAUACGAAUGCCGAAUCGCUAGCCUCUGCUCGCGCAAGUCUGGUCAAAGCGCUUGAAACUUUCUCGGAAAUGAAACCGUGGAUGCGGGCUUCCGAUAGAGCAUCGGACAUAAUCUCAGCGAUAUAUGAAGCAAUUACCGGCGAGGUUGAAGUCGCUGGCAAAACUCCGUACCAGGAUGGAGACUCGAGUUUCUUCGGCUGGUAUGAUGAACAGCUUGCUGCCGACCUGGACUGGGGUUCAUUUCUGAUGGACGAUGAUCUCCAAGGAGCUUUCCUCACAGUUCAAUAA